CAGAACCAUUAAGGGUGGGCAGAUCGCUGCGUCUACAGCUCAGUUCUGUUCUGGAGCACAGGGGUAAUGGCGAAGGAAAAGAAAGAUAUAGGCAGCUCCUGGGAGGACCUGCCAUUACCCGAAUACUUUCCAGAACCAUACACAGAGGAGAGAGCUGAGGAGGAGGAGGAGGACACAGAAGAGGCUGCCAAAGACAGCGCAGUAAAAUGCAGCCCAACUCUGCUGAGGAUGCUGAAGGCAGCAGAGAGCAGGUGGACGCCUCGCGACAGAGACAAGGCAGAACCAUCCAAACUGGGGCGGAAAGUCAGCGAGGCCGAGGCUUUGAAGACAAACAUGCAAAUUCAGCUCAAUGACCAGCAAGAAGAAUUCAACAAGCUUCCCACCAAGACUGGACCUCGGCCUCUGUCUCACUCCAUCUCCCAGUUGUCUGCAGACUGCUUCAGUUCAGUGGGCAGCGUAAGCUCUGAAGAUGAAUCCCCUCCCCAACAGAAGCCACAGAAGACCUCCAAGGGCCUGACGGACUUCUGCAUCAAAAACAUCAAGCAGGCUGCUUUUGGGCGCAAAGAAAUAGACAUCGCUCAGCAAGGAAUGCCGGCUCUGAUGAUCCUGAGGAAAAGAGCAGGUGGAGAGAAACCUCUGGCUGGAGCCAAAGUCGUGGGAUGUACACACAUCACUGCACAGACAGCGGUGUUAAUUGAGACUCUGGCAGCGUUGGGGGCUCAGUGUCGAUGGGCCGCUUGCAACAUCUUCUCCACCCAGAACGCGGUGGCUGCUGCUCUGGCUGAAGGAGGAAUCUCGGUGUUUGCCUGGAAAGGAGAAUCGGAGGAGGACUUCUUGUGGUGUAUAGACCGAUGCGUGGCCGCUGACUCCUGGGAGCCAAACUUGAUUCUGGACGAUGGCGGUGAUUUGACCCAGUGGAUCUACAAGAAGUAUCCGAGCCUGUUCAAAAAGCUCAAAGGCAUUGUGGAGGAGAGCGUGACGGGCAUCUAUCGGUUGUACCAGCUGUCCAAAGCCGGCAAACUGUGCGUCCCUGCCAUGAACGUGAACGACUCUGUGACCAAGCAGAAGUUUGACAACAUUUACUGCUGCAAGGAGUCCAUACUGGACGGGUUGAAGCGAACGACUGAUGUCAUGUUUGGAGGAAAGCAGGUGGUGGUGUGUGGAUACGGCGAGGUCGGUAAAGGCUGCUGCGCCGCUCUGAAAGGACUGGGCGCCGUCAUUUACGUGACAGAAGUGGAUCCUAUUUGUGCCCUUCAGGCCUGCAUGGAUGGCAUCAGAGUGAUUACACUGAGUGAAGUUAUCAGACAUGCAGACAUGGUGAUCACCUGCACAGGCAACAAGGACGUGGUAACUCGGGAACACUUUGACAGAAUGAGAAGCGGCUGCAUCGUCUGCAACAUGGGACACUCAAACACUGAGAUAGAUUUGGCAAGUCUGCGGACCACAGAGCUGAAGUGGCAUCGAGUCAGGCCUCAAGUGGACCACAUCGUCUGGCCUGAUGGCAAGCGCGUCGUCCUCCUGGCUGAGGGUCGGCUGCUGAACCUGAGCUGCUCCACUGUGCCGUCAUUUGUCCUCUCCGUCACAGCUGCAACUCAGGCUUUGGCUCUAAUAGAGCUGUACAACGCCCCAGCAGGGCGGUACAAACAGGACGUUUACCUGCUGCCAAAGAAGAUGGAUGAAUAUGUAGCCAGUCUGCACCUGCCAAUGUUUGACGCUCAUGUAACAGAGCUGACCGAUGAGCAGGCCCAGUACCUCGGCAUCAGCAAACACGGACCCUUCAAACCCAAUUAUUAUAGAUAUUAAUCAAAGAGGAGAUAAUUUGGCUUGAAAAUGCAUUCUACACCUCCUACCAUGAGGCACUGGCGCCCCCUGCAGUCACAUGCACUGCACUGCUAUUGUGCCGUGACAGCCUUUCAUUUAUAUUUUAUUUUAUUUUUUGUUUUUGUUUUUUUCAGUCACAUUUCUGUGUCCAGAAUAUAUUAUCCACUAAAUUUUGAAUUAAUUAUUAAAAUAAACAGACAUUUGUUAAAACUUUUUCAAACAGACUGGACUGUUUUCAUCAACUUUUACCCACUAGGAGGCGACAAACUUGUUUUGGUGAAAUCAAAGAUGCACACCUUCAUAAGAUGUUUCAUUGUGUUUAUGUCUGUCACAAUCUGCUUUUGGUGAUCACUUUCUGAAAAUAUCAACUAUAUAAACACAUAUUCACACUCUGGACACAUGAGUUGAAUUUCAGGACAAAAAAAUCUCCAUAAUAGAAUUUUCUAACAAUCAAAUAAACCAGUAUAAUCACCUGUAAAGUGACGGAAACCAACCUGUGUGGAGAGAACGGGUCAGUUUGGCUGAUCUGCAGAGAUGCAGCUUGAAUACUGAGCUAUGAUUCAUAUUUUCAAGGUCAAGUUAAUUUGAUAAAGCACAUGUAAAAACAACUGCCACAAACUAAAGUGUUGAGCAAAAAAUAAUGAUCAAAACAGCAAAGAUGAGGAAAAAUAAGAGUGAAUAAAGUGUAUAAAUUGGUGGAAUGAAUAAAAAACUCCUGGCUCUCUGAGCAGAGAUGUAAAAAAAAAAAAAAAGUAACCUAAAUAUGAAUGGCUUUGCAUUUGUUUUGCAUCUUAAAUGAAUGUAAAAAUCCAUGUUCUCCUACAAUAUUUAUGUUGAUGUUAAAAUCCAUCCUGUGUUUUGUUUCAGAGUAAAAUGAAAAGUUCGGAGGAUGCGUUUCGG